CUUUGACGAACUGCCAACACGUAAUGAGUCUCGUUGCCUUCACUUCCCACACAACUGUUGCUAACUCUCAUCUAGCGGGUUUUCCAAAUGCUCUAGUAAAACAUCUAGCAUGAAAUACCGUGCACAUAUCGACAGGUGUUGUACGUUUCAAAAACACAUCGUCUAACAGCGUCGUCGCUUUGAUAGCAAGACAAACGUGACUAGCCACGCCUUAGCUAUUACAUUGCUAAUGUGUUUAGGUAAUUAGUCCGAUUAUAAAGAGAUAACAAAAGCACACGCUGACCGACUUGUUUAUCACAAUAGUCGUUUCUGCGCACAGUCUCUGAUCGUGGCUUGCAAGUCGUCGAACGCUGCGAGUCGUCAUUGCCUUUACUUGCGGUCAAUUCUACUUCCUGGAACGUAGGGGUUGCGUUGUCCGCAAACAAGUCCCUCGGCCAUUGCUGAUUGGUAGGACAACUCCCAAGAGCAUUCUCUCCGGCUGCAGACGUCACUGUCCGACCUUGUUCAACACAUUUUACGUCUGGGAAUUGCGUUGAACCUUCAGUUUUUGCCUAAACACGCAGACUGCAACGAUGGUCUUCUCUGGAGGAAAAGUAGGAAACAUCGAAGAAUACGACUCCGAUGCAACGACGUCGUGUUGCUCUGACUAUUCUGAUCACGAUUGCUGUGGUGAUGAUUCUCUUGGCUUGGUGUCUUCUGCUGGAGACAUUUCGGGAAGUGCUCGAGUAAAGAGAAAGAAAGGCGGAAAGAAGUCGAAACAACACGUAAAGAGGCCGAUGAAUGCGUUCAUGGUGUGGAGUCAGAUACAGCGCAGAGAUAUGGCAACAGAAAAUCCUUCUCUUCAUAACGCAGAAAUUAGCAAACGGCUGGGCAAACUGUGGAACUUGUUAGGUGACGAAGAUAAGAAGCCUUUUCACGAAAUGGCCGAGAGGCUGAAGAUACAGCACAUGAUAGAUCAUCCAGACUACAAAUACAGACCACGCAAAAGAGACAGAAACCCUGCCAAACACCAGCAGCUGCAUGAAAUGCGCAACAACAGCAAGAAGUCGCGCACGUCAACAUCUCGAUCUUCACCAUCUAAGCGACGACGGUCUGUGCGGCGCGGUUACAAUGCCUCUCAUAGCACAAGUUGCAACGCGGGAGUAGACGAGAGUGUGAAUACAGACGUGGUUUCAGACGCCAUACCAUCCUCGCCAGCUUCUGUUAUUAGCAUUAUUAGCACUGAACAGCACACAGAGCGCAGCUCUCGUCGACCGCGCACCUUAUCCAUUUCCAGCAGUGACACGGCAGACUUGAUGUCGACAGAAGGCAGCUUGCACAGUUACAGUAAUUCAGAGGCAUCUCCUGUCACCAUGCCUCAGUGGCCCAUCUUACCUCCUCCUUACAAUGGUCAUCAAACAACAGCAACCGUUAGAAGUUUAUCAACGGCUCAGGCUCCACCUCCAUACUAUUCUAUCAUGUCCAGGUGCUCCACAUCGUCAAGAGUGAAGAUAGAUGCUGAUCAGUCGAGUUAUUCCACUGUCCAGCUGAACCGUCAUUGUACGUCUACGUGGCCAUUGCCCAGUUCCUACUGCUGUGAUGGAUUUUAUCAGACAGUCAAUGACUUGGCAGCACUGGGAAUGGCACAAGAUGGCGAGACCACAGCUCUUUACUCCACACCAGAAGUUGAUGAACUGAUCAGAGAUGUGUGGGUACAUUCAGGCAUCUCAGAACUGGUAACUAUUGCAUAGAGUCAUGUACGAUACACACACAUACACACAACACAAUAGAAGAUCCAGUUGAAGUAUACUGUCAGAGGUACUUCCAUAUACUGUAGUUGCUAGAGAGUGCUUAUAUUCUGUUUUGUUCUUUUUGUUAGAGUAGGAAGUCUUGUUGUUGCUGGUAAACCCUGUUGUCUAUAAGUACCUUGUUUUUACCCUUUCCAUUUUGUAAUUUUGGUUGAUUUAUUUUCCCUGGAUGAAAAUAUUGUACUUUUUCAUGGCAGUUGAGUUGCCAAUAAAGCAAAAUUUAACUCUA